AUGGCUCCGGGAUUAGUUCGGAAUCCAAAACCAAGAAUCAUACCAAAUAAUUCUCGGCAGAGUCUCAAAGAACACCUGACAAAGACAAAGACAGGAGGUUUAACAAAGAGUAACACCCGAAAAACUGAUAUGGCAUCCGACAAAGUGAACAAGGGUUUGCCAAUAACUGAUGGUUAUACGAAGCGAAAAUGCGAAUCCGACGUUCGAGGGAAACAUGGAAACUAUUCAGCCUCAGCCUCCUCAAACUCAGCAAAAGGAGAGUACUCUUAUGCCAGAAGUUCAGACUCCACAAACUCGGCAAAAUGA